AUGUGGGUCAAUGUACGUCCACCUUAUCUCGUGGUAACACUUGAAUUGCAAAUUCACGUACAGGAUGUUGAUGUUAGCGCUCGAGGCCUCGAAGAAAGACAGAAGGAUGGGUUCGACUCCCACCUGGAGCGAUACUCUGCUGCAACCUUCGCCAUCAUUUUAUGGAUGUCAUGUAAUCAAGGCGGGGGCAUACACCCACUUGACCACGUCCUCUGCUCACUCCUCGCCCUGCCCUGUCCCAAGCGCAAACACCAAAUUAACGUGAUUAUGCCCUUGGGCGACAAACUCCACCUCCGACGCGCCCUCCGCCGAAUUUCUCCGGAGCAGGGUGCAAAUAAGGAAUGUGGCACGGACAACCAAUGA